AUAAGAGGUUAAACAAAUCAAUGUUGGUAAGCGCCGAUAGGUAGCUGCAACGGCGAGCGGGCGGGCGUGGCUUGCACCGACUCAGCCGGCCCCCCGGGAUGCCUGCCCACGGCACCCGCUUGGCAUCGGAAGCUCGCUUCCCAAACUCCCAAAAGCACCAAGAACCACCCUCCUCACCCCGCUCCCACUUAUUAAAGAGAGGGUUGAAACCUCGUCAAGAUGCCAUCCCGAACCAACAAAAAUCAGGGGCACGAUGCGACUGGUGUCCCUCGGUGUACACAGGAGUCGUUUAGGCCAUCGUCGGGCUCUCGCAAUGCAUGUUUUGCAUUUACUGCAGGCUCAACAUCCGCAUCCCUCAGGCACAGUUGCACGUUAUUGAUGCAAGCAGCGGUGAUCGGCAGUGUGCCUGCUCGUCAGGCCGAGUACACGACAGCAUGUCUGGCACUCUUUGCCGGACCCGACGGCAUGUGUGACGGGGGUUUUGGACACAGGCACGCCUCCGCUGCGGUGCCACUCCAAGGAAUGGCCGAGCGUGCGGGUUGUGCUACGGCCCGCUGGCAAUGGCAAGGCAAGGCGGGAACAUCCACUGCGGAGGAGAAAGAAGGCAUCUGCGCAACACACCAUCAUCGGCUCGCGGGUUGACAAGUAUGCCGUUGGCAUCGGCGAGCGGGGGGCGCAGGUGAGAAAAAGAAACACGGCUCGAGCAGGAAAAAGCUGUUGCAGGAUCGGGGCCGGUCCCCCUUCGAGGUUGACUGGC